AUGGCCGAUUACUCUGGAGAGUCGGGAUUUCUGACCUGUGAGUUCUGUGAUAUGGUUUUCCGCUCCUGGGCUUUGUUGGCUACCCAUACCCAGCGAUUCUGCAUUGGCCAGCUGACUCCGGAGGUGACACAUGGAACACAGCCUUCAGUAGCCAUGGAACAACGGGGCACCACGAUUGUGGCACAAGAACAACUGAGCCGUUCAGAGCAAGAUGCCAGCAAAUCAGCUCUAAAGAUGUUGACAGAGGAGACUGCAGGGAGCCCUGGCGAGAGGCUGCGUGCAUUGCAGGGAAUCCGCGUCAGGCGCGUGGCGGAGACGGAAGCGCAAAGCCGGGCUCUGGAGCGCCGCGGCGAGGAACUAAAACGGCGCCUCCUUGGCGUAGCGGGACCCAGGGGAGGAUUAUCCGCGCCAUUCGGCCUGGAGCGCCAGCUCCGCGAACUCAGGGCAGAGGCGGGCCGGACGCGCGGCGCUCUGCAGAUGCUGGGAGCGCGCGUGCUUGCGCUCCAGUCGCAGCCCAGCAUCCAGCGGGACUCUCUCCAGGAGCCUGUGUUCUGUUGCCCUCCGCUACCGGCCAAUCCGGGAACGCUGCCCGCCCAGAUCCGGGCUCUACGUGAGGCCUACGUGCGCGGUGGAGGCCGGGACCCCGGAGUUCUGGACAAAAUAUGGCAGCUGCAAGUGGAGGCGUCAGCCCUGGAGUUGCGGCGGUCGCAGAACCGCAAAGAAAAAGCAAGUGCCACCUCUGAAGAGCUUCUAGUAGUGGAAGCCGAAAACCGGCUUCUGGAGGCAGAGAUCCGGACCUUGCAGAAGAAGGGCCUGAGUCUGGCACCCUGGGGACCCAGGGAGCAUCAACUCCCUGAUCUCUGGUCACACCUGAGUAGAAGGGGGGAUAACUCCCUCCUCCUUCCACCAGUUGCACCCCCAAUGUCACCGCUUACAAGUUCCAUAAAUGUCCAGAACUUCCGUGGCACUUCAACGUCUAUACUUAAUGGGACCAUGACAAGGAACUUAGGUCUGGAUCAUCACCACCUCCUACCUGCAUCUGAUGUUCUAGGCCCUGCACCCUAUGAUCCUGGGGCUGGCCUUGUCAUUUUCUAUGACUUCCUGCGGGGCCUUGAUGCUUCUUGGGUUUGGGUUCAGCUAAUGACAAACUUGACCCGGGAUGGACAAGAGGAUAUAGGAGGGACCACAAUAUUGCCUCCAGCCCUUUGCCUACCGCCACCAUCAGCUCCUGGACCUAUGGGCAACUGUGCCAUCCUUGCAGGCAGGCAGCCUGUACCCAGGUUGCCUCCAUCAGCACUGGUAUCUUUGAUCUGUGAACUACAGGCCUGGCAGGGAGUUACAUGGGCACCACAACCAAAGGCUUGGGCCUCACUAUUGCUGUUUGACCAAGAUAAGCAUAUGCUUAGUGGCCGUUGGCGCCUCCCACUUAGGGUCCUUCCUCCUAACUCCAGCCUCAGCCUUGUCCAGCUGAAUGAGAUUCCCCAGGCAGGUCAAGCUGAGCUCUUUCUGAGGCUGGUGAAUGCAAGAGAUGCAGAUGUUCAGACAUUGGCAGAGAUCAAUCCAGCAAGUGCCCAAGAAUACCAGUACCCACCACUGGUAUCCAAUUCAUCUUCAGUGGAAACCAGUCCCUUCGCCCACAGUUCUGGCUUUGCUGAUCCCCGACCUCCCACAGAAGAGGCUUUUGUCAGUGUCAAGGAUGAGCAUUUGAGCCCCCACUAGUUUUGACCUAAACACAUCAGGUUUCUGAGUUGGAGGAAGGCAGAUUUAGACCUGCAGCUUUUCUAAAUGAGGUCUGGAAGUAAUGAUAAAGUCCAAGCCAACUCGGACUUUUCUGCACCCAUUUUCCUUUUGUAAAGCAGAUUGAGGAGUAAAUGAUUUCAGAUAUUCACA